CUCUGACUCGGAUUGACCGGCCUGCUUUCCGUAGUUUUCGGCUAGACGAUGGCGUCUAGUCUGGAUGUUCACGUCCGAAUAUGUGGACAAGAAAUAAUUAAAUACGAUUUAGAAAUUAAAGCUCUCAUUCAGGAUAUAGGGGAAUGUCCUGGACCACAAAGCGAGCUCGCGGAUUUAAACUCUGAAGUAAAGGAGAAAUUCCGUCAUCUGAGAUUGCGGAUUCAGGUGAGCGUCCAGGCGCAUCGUUUCUCAGAGACGAUGGGAUAUUCGUCCUGUAUUUUAGUAGGCUUGGUUUGGAGUUAUUACCAUAGGUUACCAUGCAACUUUAGCUUGAUGCUAGGAAUAUGGCGGAAUAACUCUCUUCUACAGGAUCUGGAGCAAAUGGCGAGGGAACAGGACAAGGAGUCGGAGAAGCUGUCCAUACUGAGGGAGGUAGAAGGUCACCGGAGGCAGAUGCUGAGCAACCAGACAGCCUGGAGGAAGGCCAACCUGGCCUGCAAGCUGUCCAUGGAUAACCAGGAGAAGGAGGAGCUGAUUCAUGGAGGAGAUUCCCCCCUGAGGCAGAGAAAGAUGACCAAAGAGAGCCUGGCCCAGUCCUCCAGUGACAUCACAGAGAGCCUGAUGAGCAUCAGCCGGAUGAUGUCACAGCAAGUGCAGCAGAGCGAGGAGACGAUGAGCUCACUUGCCACGUCCGCCAGGACGGUUCUGCAGACCAACGAGGAGUUCAAGGCCAUGACCGGGACCAUCCAGCUGGGCCGCAAGCUCAUCACCAAGUACAACCGGCGCGAGUUCACCGACAAGCUGCUCAUCUUCCUCGCUCUGGCGCUCUUCCUCGCCACCGUCCUCUACAUUCUGAAGAAGCGGCUCUUCCCCUUCCUGUAGAGGACGCGAAACCCGACUUUCAGGUUCCGCUCCGUCUGAGCUGCUGUUUCAUCCUGCUUCUUUUGGAAAGAUGAUACCUUUUUGGCUAUUAUUUCCCCUCCCAAGUUUGUUUCUGGCUUUUAAGAGAUACAUUCCAGGCUUUUAAGAGAUCGGGUCUAGGCUUUUAAGAAAUCCAGUCCAGGCUUCAAAGAAAUCCAGUCCAGGCUUCAAAGAAAUCCAGUCCAGGCUUUGAAGAGAUGCAUUCCAGGCUUUUACGAAAUCCAGUCCAGGCUUUUAAGAGAUCCAUUAGUGUGUUGCUCUCACAUAUGUGGUCCAGUACUCUGUCCAGCUCCUGUCUGCACUGUUAGUAAAGGGGAACCCUCUUUUGUGUGGGCUUGCCCUUGUUUGCUGUUUUAUUUGGGUCAUCUGAGCUUCUCCAGGAAGUAGACAUUUUGGCAGAAGGGUUGCAGGCAGCAGUUUGCCCAUGCUCUGCUCCACAGGCCAGGAGUGCUUCAGAAAUCAGGCGGUCCGUGUCAGCGGGUCCUAUUCAUACGCUCUCAGAAACACAAGCAGAGGGCUAGCUUCCAACUUUAUAUUUACUGCAUAAAUUAUAUAUUUAAAAGUUUAUACAUUAUGGUUACAAAAUGUAGUUUUAUACAUUUUAUUCUGUGUGCGCACUGUUUCCUGCUGAAUGGCCUGGCUCUGUGUUCGUCGGGCACUGUGACAGGUCAUAGUGUGCCAGGCUGUGUCCGUCAGGCACUGUGACAGGUCAUAGUGUGCCAGGCUGUGUCCGUCAGGCACUGUGACAGGUCAUAGUGUGCCAGGCUGUGUGCGUCAGGCACUGUGACAGGUCAUAGGCUGUGUCUGUCAGGCACUGUGACAGGUCAUAGUCUGUGUCCGUCAGGCACUGUGACAGGUCAUAGGCUGUGUCUGUCAGGCACUGUGACAGGUCAUAGGCUGUAUCCGUCAGGCACUGUGACAGGUCAUAGUGUGCCAGGCUGUGUCUGUCAGGCACUGUGACAGGUCAUAGUAUGCCAGGCUGUGUCUGUCAGGCACUGUGACACGUCAUAGUGUGCCAGGCUGUGUCUGUCAGGCACUGUGACAGGUCAUAGUGUGCCAGGCUGUGUGCGUCAGGCACUGUGACAGGUCAUAGUGUGCCAGGCUGUGUCUGUCAGGCACUGUGACAGGUCAUAGUAUGCCAGGCUGUGUGCGUCAGGCACUGUGACAGGUCAUAGUAUGCCAGGCUGUGUGCGUCAGGCACUGUGACAGGUCAUAGUGUGCCAGGCUGUGUCCGUCAGGCACUGUGACAGGUCAUAGUGUGCCAGGCUGUGUCUGUCAGGCACUGUGACAGGUCAUAGUGUGCCAGGCUGUGUCUGUCAGGCACUGUGACAGGUUAUAUCGUGCCAGGCUGUGUCUGUCAGGCACUGUGACAGGUCAUAGGCUGUGUCUGUCAGGCACUGUGACAGGUCAUAGUAUGCCAGGCUGUGUCUGUCAGGCACUGUGACAGGUCAUAGUGUGCCAGGCUGUGUCCGUCAGGCAGUGGGCUGCACUGCUUUGGGAUAGUGCCUGUGUUUCUUGUGAACCGUGUCGUUGAAACUUUAGUUGUAACAGUAUAAUUUUGACGUCAUUGAUUUGGUACCAAGACCAAUUUUAUGAGCUAUGUUUUCAGGUGUACAUAUAAUGACAUACAUUGGCUUUAGUUUUUUUUUUUGUUUUUUACAUUGGAAACAUUGUUUAUAUAUAAUGUAAUUUCUAGAAAGUAAUUUGUAUUGAUGGUAUUUGAUGGAAACAAUAUAGGCCCAUUUGCUCUUUUAAUAAGUGUUACACAAAGUUCUGUUUCUGUCUUAAUUUGGUACUUUUUUACAUUUU